AUGAGUUUUAAGAAGUAUAAAUAUGAAUACUUGAAAUCUAUAAAUAACACAGAUACAUAUUGGUCUAAUAAAGCUAAAAUACUUAUUGAGUGGGAUAAAGAGUUUAAAGAAGUUUUUAAUAACAUCUUUGAAUCUUCUAAAUGGUUUAUAGAUGGUAAACUUAAUGCCUGUUAUAACUGUAUAGACAGGCAUGUUAAGGAAUCACCAGAUAAAAUAGCUAUAAUUUAUACAGAUAAUGAUAAUUGUAUAACAAAAUACACUUACAAACAAUGUCUUGAUAAUAUUUGUAGAAUAAGUAAUACGUUAGUAAGUAAAGGAUUACAGAAAGGAGAUUGUGUAACAAUUUAUAUGGCUAUGUGUCCAGAAGCAGUUUUUAGUGCGCUAGCAUGUGCGAGAAUGGGUGUUAUUCAUAAUGUAGUGUUCGGUGGAUUUAGUUCUAAUAGUCUUUUAUUACGAAUGGAAGAUUCUAAUACUAAAUUUCUAAUUACUUGCGAUAUUGCGAAGCGUGCGUCGUCAAAUAUAAAUUUUUGGGAAACAGUGGAUAAAGUGUUAGAUGAUAAAAAAUUGGAUGUUCUUUUAUUUGAUUUUGAAAGUAGACCAGUAAAAGAUAAUAUUAAUAUUGUAUACUGGUCUGAUAUAUUAAAAGAAGAUGUAAAAUUUAUAAGUCCUGUAUCUGUUGAUUCAGAAGAUACAUUAUUUUAUUUGUACACCAGUGGUAGUACUGGUAAACCUAAAGGAAUGGUACACACUACAGGUGGAUAUCUUGUAUAUGCAGCUCACACUACAAAGGAAUGUUUUGAUUUGAAAAGUAAUGAUAUCUUUGCUUGUACAGCUGAUAUAGGAUGGAUUACAGGACAUACAUAUUCUAUUUAUGGACCUUUACUUAACGGAAUUACAACUGUUAUUUUUGGAGGAACACCCGUUUAUCCAAAUUACUAUCGAUUAUUUUCAUUAGUUGAGACUUGUAGGAUUACACAAUUAUACACUGCACCUACGGUAGUAAGAACAUUACAGAAGUAUUUCUCUACUACUACAUUUGAAAAUAAAUAUAAUUUGUCAUCACUAAGGUUACUCGGAUCAGUUGGUGAGCCAAUAAAUAAAGAAGCGUAUAAAUGGUUUACAGAAGCAUUUGACAAUAUUCAUAUUGUUGAUACGUAUUGGCAGACAGAAACUGGUGGAAUAAUGGUAGCCCCUUUACCUAAUACUAUACCUGGACAGCCUGAGUGUGCGUCUUUACCUUUUUAUGGUGUAGAUGUGGCUAUCGUAAGACCUGGAUCAUCAAAGGAUAGUGUAAUUGAAGCAAAUGCUUAUGAAUUAGGUCAUGUUGUAUUUAAAAAAUCUUGGCCUGGUAUAUCAAGGGGUGUUUUAAAUGACAGUAAAAGAUAUUUAUCUUCAUAUUUCUGUUAUAAAAAUUGUUAUUUUACUGGAGAUGAGGGAUAUAAAGAUUCUGAAGGGUUAAUUUGGAUUCGUGGUCGAGCGGAUGAUGUCAUAAACGUGUCAGGACAUCGACUUAGUACUGCCGAAUUAGAAAGCGCUGCGUGUACCGAUAUUCAUGUAGCAGAAUCGGCUGUAGUUGCCGUUGAAGAUGAAAUAACAGGACAAGCUUUAAAUAUUUUUAUAGUAUUAAAAAAUGGUGCGAAUAUAGAAACAGCUAAAGAUUCAGUAAAAAAGACUUUAAGAAGUAAAAUAGGUAGAUUAGUACAUCCUAAGAAUAUUUAUAUUUGUCGCGGUCUUCCUAAAACUGCCACAGGUAAAAUUUUAAGAAGAGUGUUACGUGAUCUUAUAAAUGGUAAUGUUUCUGAAGAUUUAAGUACAUGUAUUAAUACAGAAGAUAUACAAGCUAUUAAGAAUUCUUUAGCUAUCAAUAAAAUAUGA